AUGUUUACAAUAGGAGAAGAGCUCGCUGCAAUCAGGAGCAUUUCGUAUCAUUCUGAUGACACGAAAUUGUUUAAAGCUCUAUGUGAUUGUCUCACAGCUGACGAAUAUGAGGAUCUGAAGGCGUCGAAGUUGGGAGUGUUCAUCAAGUUCAAGGAGCUUGGCUUUGAGUUUGAACACCUCACUGGUCUGAACUGCGAUUACACCAAGGACCUGGAAAAUCCAAGGUGUGAGGUUACGAAGGAGAUGGCUGCUUUCUGGGAGAAUAUAUGCGAUGAUUGGUCUCGGGAUGAUCGCAAGCGGCUGGGAUACUUUGCCAUCUACGCAGGAUACAUUGAAGGGAAAAAGUUCUCAACCGCUACACGGGCUAGUCUUGCAAGGCAAGUGAUGGAUUUAGAAAAAAUUGAGAAUUAUCCAUGGGGGAGAGUGGCGUUUAAGGUGCUAAUGGAUUCUCUGAAGGCAAAAGACUUGACGCAAAUAGGUUACACUGUUGAUGGAUUUAUACAAGUUAUCCAGGUGUGGGCGUACUAUGCUAUGCCAGAAUUGGGUGCUAAUUAUGGGUCUCAUGUACCAGACAGACCGUCUCCACUGUUGAUGGUUUACAAGGGUGGCCAAGGGCGACGCAGAUGUUUUAAGUCGGCUAUCAAUAGACAGUGGACCAUGGACUGCUGGAAAGUCACCGGUACUCACAAGGUUGUGAAGAUGGAAGUAAGUCCAGCGAAGAAUGAAGUGAGUUCAGUGAAGACGGAAGCGACUACAGUGAAGUCAGAGAGUGUUGUGAAGGAAGAAAGUAGCAGACCUCGGAAGAAAGCUCGUAAAGGGUGGACCAUGGACUGCUGGAAAGUCACCGGUACUCACAAGGUUGUGAAGAUGGAAGUAAGUCCAGCGAAGAAUGAAGUGAGUUCAGUGAAGACGGAAGCGACUACAGUGAAGUCAGAGAGUGUUGUGAAGGAAGAAAGUAGCAGACCUCGGAAGAAAGCUCGUAAAGGGAGUGAAAGUGUGAAUGGGGCGAAAGCAGGACAGAAUGAAGCCAAAGAACAUAGUGUUACUACAGAACCGAGUUCCUCGACAGAGCUCUGUCUUGUGAAACCUGCAGACGACUUACCGAGUGAUGAACCUAGCGUUCUUAUAUUGGACAAACAAGUAUCCACUGCUUCAGAUUUACUCUUGGAGGAAGCUAGAAGGCAGACAAAGAAGGAGACUGCUAUGGUGAAUCUCCGUGAAAAAAGUGAGCGAGAAAGGAAACUUGCUCCCACACAGCAAACUCCUUUUAAGGGAAACAUCACUGCCAAACAGAUCAUUCCAAACAAAAAGGUUGGCCGAGGCUAUGAUCCUUUUGCACCCUAUGACAAGAAGAAGUCGAAGGAGCUCACUGAAUGGCUGGAACAAGAUCCGUAA